AUGAAUAGCUGUGACGACAACGACAAAAGCCUGAAACUGUUACCAGAAAGUAAUCCAGGUGAAGUGAGGACUAGCGUUGAUGAUAAUAAUUCUAAUAGUGCAGGUGAUGCAAUGACAUCAUCAAUUGAGACAAUAGUUUUCGAUAGUAAGUUAAUGAAGACUUCUACACAUGCCGAGGAAUUGGCGGCCACGUGGGGUGGCCGAUGCUCUCUGCCUGAUUCGGGUAGAUUGCGUCGGGCUCGGGCUCAUUCUUGGUCUGGAGGAUCACCCGAAGAUGGUACAUCUGAAAUUCGUAUAUUGAGGGAAAGAUUAGUAAGGACACAAACAAGACCCAGACCUGGCGCGGUGCGACAUUUGUCUCGUCAUCAGCGGCUGACACUAGCAUCACUAGCGCUCGUUGACUUCAUGAGCUUUUGCUCCAUGAGUAUCAUGGCACCUUUCUUCCCGAGAGAGGCUAACGAAAAGGGACUGUCCGACACCAUGUGCGGAAUGGUGUUCAGUUUCUACGCUAUUGUGAUGUUUCUAACUUCCCCACUGUUUGGGAAAUUCUUACCGAUAAUGGGUGCGAAAUUUAUGUUCAUCGCGGGUAUGUUCGUCGCCGGAGCCUGUAAUGUUUUAUUUGGAACACUAGUAAUGGUAGAAGACAAUUUAACCUUCACAAUUUUGUGCUUUUUGGUACGAGGAAUGGAGGCUCUCGGUGCAAGUGCCUAUUCGACCGCCAGCUAUGUUUUUGUCGUAAACGCGUUUCCCGACACAAUUGGCACUGUUCUUGGCAUACUCGAGACUUUUGUUGGCCUUGGAAUGUCCGUGGGGCCAGCUAUUGGUGGACUACUGUAUUCGAUCGGGGGAUUUGGUCUACCCUUUUAUAGUCUCGGCUUAGUUAUGGUGUUGUCUGUACCGAUCAACUUCUUCCUACUAUCAGAUUGUGAAGAAUACGUGUCCGGCUCAAAAACCGCAUCAGUACUUAGUUUAUUCAAGAUACCAUCGAUUAUCAUAACGGGCCUUGUCAUCGUAAUCGUUUCCAACACAUGGGCUUUUUUGGAUCCAACGCUGGAGCCUCAUUUGCGACAGUUCGGUCUAUCCACCAACCAAAUUGGCUUAAUCUUUUUGCUCUUCUCUAGCCUGUAUGGAAUUUUUAGUCCAAUAUGGGGAUGGGUUGCUGACAGAGUACAUAACCAUUGGUGUAUGAUGGUUUGGGGAUUAUUUCUCUCGACGGUUGGACUGCUACUUCUCGGUCCUUGCCCAUUUAUACCUGGCCUAUCUCAGGACCUGUGGCUGGACCUGGUUGCUCUCUCUAUACUAGGAAUAUCAGUAGCACUUACACUGCUACCUACUUUCCAAGGAGUCUUGACAAGUUCCAUAUACGAAGGUGGUUGCCCAGAAGCAUUGGCCACUUACAGCGCGGUAGCUGGCGUGUGGUCGUGCUGCUAUUCGUUAGGUGAGGUGCUGGGCCCUGCCCUGGGGGGUGCACUCGCACAGCGCUACGGUUUCCCACUGUGCGCUACACUAUGCGCUGCUGCUUGCUUUACAAUGGCGCUCGUAACAUUGAUGUUCUUCUCACUGCGAGAGUCGGCCAAAUGGAUUGAAGCGGAGUCGUUAGAAGAUUCGAUUCCAUAUACCGACACGACGUGGAACAGCAAUAAUUUCUGCCGUUCACGUAGCGCUCCUCCUAAUCACGUGACGGAACAAUCGCCGCUACUUACGCCGUGUUCUUGCAGCACCAAAAACGGUUACAGUUCAUGCGGCACUUCGCCACCAAAACAUGUCUGUCUAAAACACAUAAAACAGAAGAAAAGUGGCUGGGCUACCGUAAAAGAGGUCAUGACGAACAUUCUCAAAUUUCAGUAUUUAACUAAUAUUUAUAUCAAAUUACGGAGAUUUCGUAAAUCUAAAAACAAGCUUAGAUCUAAUGGAGAGUUGUACCAAAACUACCUCGAAGACAACAAGAAUGAUAAAAACACUUGGAACAAUGUAGAUAAAAAUAGUAAGAAUGCCGCCAUUGAUAUAAAACUAAAUAAUAACAAUAUUCAUCAAAACUGUGGACAAGCAGGGGCAGAGGAUAGUUACUGUGCAUAUCUAGAAAACGCUAUAUUUGGAAGCCCAGUUGUAAUGCAAAACAUUAAUUCGGACAAUUUGAUAGUUAAAAAUAAUCACAAGGGUUUGGUAGCGAAGUUGAUGACAAUUGACGAAGAUAGAAGAAAUUCUGAUGAGAUAAUUAAGCAUAAUUUGCAAAAAGUCCAGUUCUACGAAAACAAUGCAGCAUGUACAUCUCGUGAAGAUAUUUUUGAUGCGUGUGAUUGCAAAGACGGUGUUACAUAUGUAAGAGGUACUGUGACAGUGUCAUCGACAGGUGCAUGUGAAGUUUAA